AUGCCUGGCUUCACACUUACAAAAGACUACGUCCGCAAGGCAUUCGCCCACUUGGGAGAAGUAAACGACAUUGAACACCGCAAAAAGUUUCUCACGGAAUACAUUGUCCCCAAUGUCACAUGGACAUGUACCGGCAACGCCCACUCAUUAGCAGGGACGAGAUACACCCUCAAAGACCACGAAGACGCAACCUUUAACCGACUGGGGAAGAAGCUCAAGGGACCCAUCAAAUUCACUGCAACGAGAGUAAUUGUUGAUGCGGAAGCGGAGGAAGAUGGGUGGUGGUGUACCGUGGAGACAAAAGGCGAGGCUACGAGGACGACGGGGGAAGCAUAUGACAAUGAGUAUGUUUGGCUCAUGCGAUGGAAUGAUGAGGGGAAGAUUGUUGAGAUACGAAGCUAUUUCGAUACUUUGCUUUCGGAACAGGUGUUGCUGGGUCCAGAUUGA